AUGGGUCUUCCGAUGGCAAAACAUCUUCUUAUCAACAACCACGAAGUGUAUGUGUACAAUAGGACGAGUACCAAGGCGAUGGAUCUUGUAAAGGAAUUUCCUUCCUCUUGUCAUGUAAUUUCUUCGUCCGAUGAAGAUAUUCAAAGAGUACUUGCUGAUCAAUCGAUUGGAAUUAUUAUUUCCAUGUUAUUUGAUUAUCAAAAUAUUGUGGAUGUCGUGUUUCAAAAUUUGGAUAAAUUGGGUGGAUCACCAUUGAGUGGAAAGGUGUUUAUUCAGAUGAGUACCAUUUCUGUGGAACAAUCGGCAAGAUUAGAUGAAUUGACAGGUAGAUGUGGUGGUGAAUUUAUUGAAGCACCCGUUUUGGGAACUAAUACAGUUGCCAUUGCUGGAAAGUUACAAGUUUUAUUGGGAUGUUCAAAGGAAUUAUUUGAAAGAGUGGAAUCUUUGAAUGUUUUACAAAAUUUUGGAAGUCUUAAACAUGUAGGAGAAAAAUCAAAAGCUAUCAAAAUGAAACUUUCACUCAAUUUCCUUGUUGCCUCCCUUACAGGUGUGUUGGCCAACUCUAUUUCACUUGUCCAAUCAAAUGAUCUCGAUGUAAAUAUGUAUGCAGAUAUUGUCAGAGAUAGCGCCCUCUAUUUUAAAUAUUUUGAUAUGAAACUUCCAAGGUUAUUAAAUCAUGAUUACUCGGAUAUGAACUUUUCAGUCAAUGGUAUUGUCAAGGAUUUGGAUUGUAUUGAAAAGAUGGCAGAAGAUUCAAAAGUUAACACCAAUCUUAUUUCCACAAUCAAAAAUCUCUACGAACAAGCUGGUAAUAGAGAUGAACAAAUCAAGGGUCAGGAAGAUUUUGCCUCUGUCUUUGAAAUAAUGAAGAAGGAAUGA